UACUUUUAAUUAUGUCUCUCGUGCAUGCACACACUGCCACCAUGCAAUAAAGUGUGUGACGUAGUCUACCGCUCCAGUAUGAAAGGGCAAACUCUGCUCGGUCAGGCAGACAGUGAAGUGCUGUGUGGUUCAGACCCACCUGACAGCGUCCUGCCUCUGAAAGCUCACCUGGGGCCGGACGGUGCAGAGGAAACCUCGGGGAUGGAGAGGCUGCUGAGGAAAUGUCAGAUCAGAAACCAACUGGUCAGGGAGUGCAUGGCUGAGUGCCUUGGAGUCUAUGUCAUGAUUCUGUUUGGAUGCGGCUCGGUUGCCCAGGUAACCACAACUAAAGAUCAGAAAGGGCAGUACCUGUCCAUCAAUCUGGGUUUUGCUCUUGGAGUAACAUUUGGGGUCUUUGUGUCUCGUGGAGUCUCAGGUGCCCAUCUGAACCCUGCAGUGUCUCUAAGCUUGUGCGUUUUGGGCAGACAUCCCUGGAUCAAGCUGCCUUUCUACGUCUUUUUCCAGGUGCUCGGAAGCUUUCUGGCUGCCGCAACGGUUAGCCUGCAGUACUAUGAUGCCAUCCAGGCGUACAGCGGAGGACAGUUUACAGUGACGGGCUCCACUGCCACAGCAGGAAUAUUCGCCACCUACCCAGCCGACUACCUCAGUAUAUGGGGAGGGGUUGUGGACCAGGUGAUUGGCACGGCUGCGUUGCUGCUGUGUGUCUUGGCUCUUGGGGACCAGAGGAACAGCUCCCUCCCUGAUGGUCUUCAGCCUGUACUGGUGGGAGCAGCAGUGCUAGUUAUAGGCAUCUCGAUGGGCUCCAACAGCGGCUACGCCCUCAACCCGGCCAGGGAUUUUGGACCGCGACUGUACACGUACAUCGCUGGCUGGGGAGUGGAUGUUUUCAAGGCUGGAGGCGGUUGGUGGUGGGUGCCAAUAGUGGCUCCCUGUGUUGGGGCGCUGCUGGGAACCCUGAUCUACGAGCUGAUGAUAGAAGUCCACCAUCCUCUCAGUCCGCCUGAGCUCCAGACCUCCCGUCAGGAGGCCACUGAGGGCAAGAUAGGGCUGGAGCUGGAGGGGGGUGGAGCCAGACUGUGAGAAACCCACUUAGUGGUCAAAUGUAUAGUAAAUGCUAAUUAUGUUAUGAAACCCAUCUAUUCUGUGACUGAUUUUAGUGGAACAAGUAGAUUGGUUCUGAUACUACAAAUUGUCGUUGAAGGCAAUUUGAAAAGAGUUCCAUUUGUAAAAAGAAAUAAGUUGCAAACACUACUCUGAAUGUGACCCUCAACUCUGCAGAUGAACGUGCUGCACGAGUCAAUUGUCUCUUUUACACAUUUAUUUUUGAAACGGCACAAAAGUGUAUGGCAUUUCAGCAAGCAGACCACAACCAUGGAAAAGAAAAUGACAUGAAAUUUCCACUAUUGAGCUAUAUAAAUAUGAUAUGACAUAUAAAAAAUACAAACAAAAACAAGAAAAAAUCACUCUUCGGCCUCCGUCACGUGACAAUGAAGGCUGUUUUUGAAACGUACAAAAGAAAUGUGAGUACAGCAAGCACUUAUUCUGGAGAUAAAAAAGAACAAUCUCAAAGAAAUAAACAUUUGUAUUACAUUAAGACGACACAACCCCCACACUUUCCCUCUGCUUUGUAAUUACAAUGUAUAGCUACCUCUGGGGGGGGGGAUUCUUUUAAACUUCAAAUUGUUUGGAAAAAAAGGAAACAGUACAAGUACAAAUACUAUACGUAUUCACAUUAUCAUAGCAAGUUACUAAAACCAGAACAUUUUCUUUUAGUGUAAUAUGUAUUUACAAGGCAAAACGUACACAUAUACUACUGGCAGGAAGCCUGACCUCCCUUUAUCUUCUUCUAGGUUAACGAUUAACAUCACACAUUAUUCACACAACACAGGUUACACACUUCCAGUAACCUUGUCUCCUAAUGAAAUGCCUUCAGAGAAUCAUGUCUCAGUUGCAGGUAAAUCGCACCACGUUGGGUAUGAUUUGAUGCAACUGACUCACACAAAUACCAACAGCAGUAAUAAGUUCUGUAUAAAUAAAUAUAGCAACAUAAAAAUCAGUGUUUCAUUCUCCAAACACUCCCCUUCAUGUUUCAGAUGUCUUGAGAUCCGUUUUAAAAGCCUCUGGAGCGGUUAAAACGGAUCUCAUGCCGGAAUAGUGAACAGGGACUUGAGGCAAACGAGUAUGAUGACCAGGAACAA